AUGCAGCGGUCAUUGCUGAACUUCUUUUCUCGUGCUUCCAAAACAUCUCUACAGACUCUUGAUCAAGUGCCAAAUGAAGUCAACGUUACCGAAAGUGCCAUUCAGCCGAUGGGGUGCGGACAAGUGGACUUCGAGGAGGAUCUACCAAUGAAGUUCUCACGUUCUGGACGUAAAAGAUCUAUAAUAGAGUCCAGCGACGAAGAGGACUCAUCGUGCGUUGUAAACACAGCAUCUAAGGAAAAUUUUAAACCCUCGUUCAACCGGAAUAAAGAAUCACGUUUAUCGGGAUUUUCUUGCAGCUCCCCGAAACUGCCACGGACAUCAAUUACGAGUGACUCAGAUACGCUUUCCAGGAGCCUGAAUGAGACAAUUGGGGAUAAUACUGUUGAGGCCUCGGAUGUUAAUGGUUCGUUCAUUGACGAGGAGUCCGUGCCCUGGGAGCAUUUGAAGCUACCGUUUCUAAAGAAAGAAAAUCUUAUGGACUCUGCUAGACGGAAACCCAAUCAUCCAGAUUAUGAUCCACGAACCUUGUUCGUGCCUGGAGAUUUUCUGGCGAAACAGUCUCCCGGUAUGCGGCAGUGGUGGGAACUGAAAUCAAAGUAUGCUGACGCGAUUUUGUUUUUCAAAGUUGGGAAAUUUUAUGAAAUGUACCAUAUGGACGCUGCGGUGGGGGUCGAACACUUGGGAUUAGUCUACAUGAAGGGUUCAUUCGCUCAUUGCGGAUUUCCCGAAAUCGCCUUCUCGAGGAUGUCCGAACAAUUGGUUAAAAAGGGCUACAAGGUUGCUAGGGUUGAGCAGACGGAGUCCGUAGACGCCAUGACUGAGCGUACUCGGGGAAGGCCGGGAUCGGAGAAGGUUGUGAAGCGAGAAGUUUGCCAGCUUUCAACUCCAGGAACGUGUACCACAAGUAUGCGAACUGAGUUGUCGUACUCCUCCAAUCCGGCGUUAUCGGAUUCCGAAGACGGUGCCGUAUCAACAGAGGCACUUGACACUGCCCCGGAAAGCUUUCUUUUGGCCAUAGGGGAGGAGACAUCCAACGAAAGCAGCGAGCACGUAUUUGGGGUGGCCUUGUUGAAUGCAACUAAUGGUACUAUUCUGAUGGGGCAAUUCUGUGACGACCGGCACUGUGGGAGGCUUCGAACAUUAAUCUCACACUACUUCCCCAGUCAGAUUCUCGUGGAAAAGGGUUCUGUCGGUCAUUCAAUCAAACUCUUAUUGAAGACUUGUUUAUCUGGCGUUCCGAUUGAGUAUUUGACGCGCGGAAAGCAGUUUUGGUCCGCAAAGGAAACUAUCAUCGAACUAGAGACGGCUGGUUAUUUUUCAUCCGCGGAACAGGGCAAGCAACAAUGCAACUCGGACAGUCGUCGUGAUCCGUUAUUUCCAGGCAAGGAAAAUUGGCCCGGAACAUUAGUUAGAAUGCUCAGUGAAGAUGAUCCAUUGGGUCGUUCAGUUAAAGCAGAUUACGACCUCGCGAUGAGUUGCCUGGGUGCGAUCAUCUACUAUCUCCGCUACUGUCUCAUCGAUCGACAAGUUAUGUCCUUGGGUCUGAUUGAUCUGUACAUACCCCCGGAUUGUCUUCAAAUCGCCACCACAACCGGCUCCGGUCAAGUCUUCUAUUCAAAACAAACGUCGCUGGUUCUGGAUAGCAUCACUCUGGCUAAUUUGGAUAUCUUGCACAACAGUGUGACAGGGACACGUGAAGGGACGCUCCUGGAACGUUUGGAUACAUGUUGCACACCUUUCGGUCGCCGACUUCUGCGCCAGUGGCUGACUGCCCCUCCAUGCAACCCCAAAUUGAUUCGGGCGCGCCAAGAUGCCGUGGACAACUUGAUUGAUAUUGGGGGCCAGCUGAAUUCGAUAAAGCUGAGUCUUCGGCGCCUUCCCGAUUUUGAGCGCCUGCUCACAAAGAUCCACCUCGUUGGAUCAAAGAAAAAUGAAAAGAAUCAUCCCGAUGCUCGAGCGAUACUGUUCGAAGAAGUACAGUACUCACGAAGGAACAUUGUUGACUUUUUGGCUACCCUACACGGCUUCGAAGUAGCUUGUGAAAUCAUAACCCAGCUAGGAGCGUUAUCUCUUUGUGCACCCCUCCUACGGGCCUUGACGAAACUAGAAGCUGAUGGUGGACAGUUUCCUGACUUGAGGCCGAAAAUCGCCUUUUUCUUGAACGCCUUUGACGCGGAAAAGGCUAAGCGAGACGGUCGAAUCACUCCUGAACCUGGAGUGGACGAGGAUUAUGACGAGGCUGUCGGAGAAAUACAGACUAUCAAUUCGGAAUUGGAGAACUACCUCAUUGCCUGUGGGAAGCUACUUGGUAUUCGGCUCGCCUACUGGGGUACCGGUCGCAAUCGAUUCCAGUUGGAGGUACCCGAUUGUGCUGUUUCGCGUGUUCCAAGGGAUUGGCAAUUGGUCUCACAACGUAAAGGUGUGAAGCGAUAUCGUACAGAUGAAACCACAGAGUUGUUAGGACGUCUUACUGCAGCGGAAGAUCGCAAGGAUGCUAGUUUACGCAAUAUCCUGCAGACAAUAUUUGCAUCAUUCAGUGACCAUUUCACCCUAUGGCAUUCUGCAAUGCGAUGUUUGGCUGAAUUCGACUGCCUACUUGCACUGGCAAACUACAGUUCGAACGCAUCUGACGUGACUUGUCGCCCAGAGUUUAUCGACCUCAAAAACGACUCUCAGCAGCCGUUCCUGGAGAUUGUCGAUGGUCUUCAUCCAUGCUUAAUCAACACAUUCAGUGGCGGUGACCUUAUUCCAAACGAUACACGCCUUGGUAUCAUCGACUCAAACGAUCCUGGCAACGUCCCUCUCACCUUACUUGUCACUGGACCGAAUAUGGGUGGUAAAUCCACUCUGAUGCGUCAAACCGCCUUGUUGGUUAUCCUAGCACAUCUGGGUUGUCGGAUUCCUGCAUCAUUUUGCCGGCUCACUCCCGUAGAUCGGGUCUUUUCGCGGCUCGGUGCUAGUGACCGACUACUAGCCGGAGAAAGCACAUUCAUGGUGGAACUGGCUGAAACCGCCGCUAUUCUCCGACAUUGCACUCUCCAUAGUCUUGUUUUGAUGGACGAGUUGGGACGCGGUACGUCAACGCAUGACGGGGCUGCUUUGGCGAGUGCUGUGUUACAUUACCUAGCCAAUCCAAGAGCCGAUCAGCUGAUAGGACAAGGACCUCGCACUCUUUUCUCCACGCAUUACCAUAGUCUGGUCGAUGAGGUUGCACUCAGCGGUCAACAGUCUGAAGUAGCUCGCAUUGGUUUAGGUCAUAUGGCCUGCAUGGUGGAAGAACAAUCGGAAGCGGAAGCUGGUCUAGAGAAUAUCACGUUCCUGUAUAAAUUCAUUCCCGGAGCCUGCCCCAAAAGCUACGGAUUCAACGCUGCUCGGUUGGCACAUCUACCAGAUGAGGUCAUUCAACUGGGACUGGCCAAAGCAAAGGAAUUCGAACGCACCUCAGCUACUUUUGCCUGUCUCCGUAAACUACUGAGCGGAACGAUGAGCUGGGCGGACGCAGUGGAUUGGAAGAAGAAGCUGCAUGGCUUUGAUUAGAUCAUCUAUUUAAUUUGUAUUUUUCCGAGAUCUAUUCCAUACUAUUCCAUAAAUUUCCUCAUCAUAAACU